CAACAGUGUUUUGUGUAAAAGACGCGCGGCGCGCGCUUCUCGUCUCUUCCAAUUCUGUCAUUGUGGUGGUGUUGGUGCAGUGAUUGCAAUUUCGAUGCAGCAAAGUAUUUAACAACAAAAAAAUCAAAUUAAAAAAAUAUAUAAUGUAUAAUAAGAUUUUGCAGACCAAACUGAAAGCAAAGUAAAGUUUUGCAUUGAAUGCAAACAAGUGUUGAAAGCAUGCCAAAAGUGUGCAGUACUAAAAGUGAACGAAAUAAAUCCAGCCAGCCACUUCGAAUUGUUACAGGCGAAAGAAAAUUAAAAUAUCAAAAUUUAGCCGGAAACAAAGUGAAAUAAAAUGAGAUCAAUGAAUUUAAGUGCCAAUACAAAUAAAUAAAAAUUCAGCUAGUAAAUGUUAAAAAAUCGACAAGCGCACACACACAUACAUACUUACAAGGUUGUAAGCAUGUAAGUACAUUCACAGCCGCAAUAAAAUCAAAUUGAAAGCCGAAGUGCAUACAGAAAGAAAUAUGAUUUCCUUAUUAUUUUGAUAUGAGUCAAUAUAAUCCAGAGACAGCUACAUAAACCAACAACUUGACAAGCAACAGCGACACCAACAGUGAAGGCAGCAACAAUAAUAACAGCAACAGUAACAGCGCCAUCGUUCAAUCGAGCAAUCGAGUAACCGAUAUCGAUGAAAUAGCCACCGUAGUGCCAAAUAGACGCGACCAUAUGAAAUUUUUGGUAGCUGUGUCGCCAGCUGCUGACCAACGACAACAACAACAAUAACUGCAACUGCAAAUACGACGACAACAAUAAAAUCGAUGUCCACCACAUGAAUGUAUCCAACACCAACAACAAUUGCAGCGAGUGAAUUUCAAUCAAAGGCGCACUGUACUUGUCUAUUUUCAACAUUUGUUGCAAACAACAUAUCUCGCCAGCCGGUCUGAUUGCCGCAAUUGCCCAUUAUAGCUGCCGCUAAUGUGCCCAGAAUAAAUCAAAACACUACAAGUGCCAUACACAAACAAAGAAACGCCGUUACGACGUAACAAAACGUAACGUAAAUCAACGCAACGAAUUCCGUCCAAUCAUACUGAGAUUCUUAGUGCCUUUUUACAAAACUAAAAAAAAAGUUUUAAACAACAAGCAACAUGAUAUAAUAUUAAGAGUAUACAAUUAAGGACAUUAACAUAGUUAAGAACAGAGCUUCCAAAAGUUAAACUGAAAAAGAAUAGCAGUAAGUUAAAGUAGCGCGUAAAUAAUAAGAAAAAAUCAUAUUUCCUUAGAAAGCCAUAGAACAAAUCAAUUGGAGCAGCUUACACAAUUCUGACAUAAACUUAAGCUAAGCUUGUCAGAUUGGAAUUGUCCUAAGCUCUUAAUGAACGCUUCAUAAAGCACACGAAAGCCGCUAACACCGAUUGGAAAGCUCUAAAUAGCAAACGAAAGCAUUCGUAAAGUUCAACCAUUUAAAUCAGAAAGCGUUAAUAUAUAGCUUCACUCGCUCAACAAUAUUGUCCUUAGGCGUGCCUCGAACUGGAGCUUAAGUAUAAGAAGCAUAAGAUGUCCGCAUCGCCCGCCACAACUAGUGUCAUCACUUCAAACGAACUUGCCAUACAACAGCAGCACCACCACCAACAGCAACAACAACAACAACAACAACAUCAACACCAACAGCAACUUCAAGCGCACACCUCUCCGACGCGUGUCUCACUCCCGCCUGGUGUUACUGUCACCAACGUUGUAACCACAACCUCUACAGGUGCAGCUGCUGCCGUCGGCGCCAACGGUUUGUCCCUCAUGCAUCGCUCACCCGACAGUCCACAGCCCGAGUUGGCCACUAUGACGAAUGUAAAUGUACUCGAUCUGCACACAGACUCCUCGAAGCUCUACGACAAGGACGCUGUUUUCAUCUAUGAAAGUCCGAAGGUGGUGCUGCCUACAGUGGGCUCGGGUGCGACGGUAACCAGUGAUGAGCAAGUGAUUGAUGCGCGCAUGGUCGCCCAAUUGAACGAACAACAAGCAGCUGUUGCUGCGGCUGCUGCCACCGACAAUCAGCCAUUGGCUAAGAUCGAAUUCGAUGAGAAUCAGAUAAUACGCGUAGUUGGGCCGAAUGGCGAGCAACAACAGAUAAUUUCACGUGAGAUAAUCAAUGGUGAACAUCACAUUCUGUCGCGUAAUGAGGCUGGCGAACACAUACUCACACGCAUUGUUAGCGAUCCGACAAAGUUGAUGCCAAGCGAUAAUGCCGUCGCUGCAGCGAUGUUCAACCAGGCCCAAAAGAUGGCCAAUGAUCAUGCAGUCUAUCAAACUUCACCAUUGGAUGCUUCAAUGUUGCAGCAUUAUGAGCCGGACAAUGUUGUCAAGGCGGAAGUGGAUAUAUACGAUGAUCCGAAGAAACCGCCGGGUGGUGGCGGUGGUGGCCAACAAAUACUCUAUACUACAACUGGACCGGAUGCUGGAAAACAGCUUUCUCAUUUACCGGUAACGGCGAAACUGGAAUCGGAUAUGUAUCCGACAGACAAGCAUAUUGAUUUGAUUUAUAAUGACGGCAAUAAGACCGUCAUAUACACGACCACAACCGAUCAAAAAGGACUUGAGAUCUACUCGGGCAGCGAUUUAAGCGGCCUCGUUGCCGAUGGGCAGGUAGUGGUGCAGGGUGGAUUGCAAUAUGCCGGCGCCGGUGCUGGAGGUGGACAGCCUGUUUACAUUGUGUCCGAUGGUGGCUUGCCGCCGGGCGUCGAAGGACAUUUGCAAAGCGUAAAUAACAUAAAUGUAAAAGCGAAAAAUAAAGAUAUGAUUUUCGAAAAAUAUCGUGUGUACACAAAUAAGAGCAAUCGCAGCAGCAGCUACAGAAAUAAUAAUAACCAUAAUAACAACAACAACAACAGUGCAGCGCAGCGCAGCUACAUAAAGUGGCAUUAA